UGAGGGCCGAACUCGGCACAGACUCGCCGCGGGGGGCUGGAGCCUGGGCCCACCGGGGCUCCUGCCCCCCACACUGGGCAUCGAGGUCGGAGGGGCAGGUCCUGUAAGAGGUCGCAUUGGGGAACCUCCCCAUGGUCACCCACCAGGUGGGGCCAAGCGGGGCUGCAGCCUGGGGCUGCCCUGCCAGGAGGGGUCACCCCCCCACGUCCCCAUGGCAACCAUCUCCCCGGGGACACAGCGGCAGCCAGGAACCUUCCAGCCCGGUCGGAGCCGGCACCGCCCUGCCCGGAGGUCACGUGACGGCACCGCAGGUCAUGUGGUUCUGGUCACGUGGCCCAGCCCGCCUGACUGCCACCAGCCAUGCGAGACGCACCCCCGGAGCCCCGGGCUCCCACGGCCCGGACCUGGGCCCCGGUCCUGCUGCUGGCGUGGGCGCUGAGCGGCCUGGAGGCCGGGGCCCCCAGGGUCGGGGAGCCCCGCUUCCGGGAGGCCUACUUUGAGCAGCUUCUGGACCAUUUCAACUUCGAGAGGUUCGGCAAUAAGACGUUCCGCCAGCGGUUCUUGGUGUCAGAGCAGUUCUGGAAGCCGCGCGAGGGGCCCAUCUUCUUCUACACGGGCAACGAGGGGGACGUGUGGGCCUUCGCCAACAACUCGGGCUUCGUCCUGGAGCUGGCGGCGCAGCAGGCGGCCCUGGUGGUCUUCGCGGAGCACCGCUACUACGGCCGGUCGCUGCCCUUCGGGGCGCCGUCCACGCGGCGCGGGCACACGGAGCUGCUGACGGUGGAGCAGGCGCUGGCCGACUUCGCGGCGCUGCUGCAGGCGCUGCGGCGGGACCUGGGCGCCCUGCGCGCGCCCGCCAUCGCCUUCGGCGGAAGCUACGGGGGGAUGCUGAGCGCCUACAUGAGGAUGAAGUACCCCCACCUCGUGGCGGGAGCCCUGGCAGCCAGCGCGCCCGUCCUGGCCGUCGCAGGCCUCGGGAGCCCCUACCAGUUCUUCCAGGACGUCUCGGCGGACUUUGAGGCCCACAGUCCCGAGUGUGCGCAGGGCGUGCGCGACGCCUUCCGGCAGAUCAAGGACUGGUUUCUACAGGGAGCCCACGAAGCGGUCAGCCAGGCCUUCGGCACCUGCCAGCUGCUGUCCAGCCCGGAGGACCUGACCCAGCUCUUCGGGUUUGUCCGCAACGCCUUCACCGUGCUGGCCAUGAUGGACUACCCGUACCCCACCGACUUCCUGGGGCACCUGCCCGCCAACCCUGUCAAGGUGGGCUGCGAGCGGCUGCUGAGCGAGAGGCAGAGCGUCCGGGGGCUCCGCGCGCUGGCAGGGCUGGUCUACAACGCCUCGGGGGCCGAGCCCUGCUUCGACGUGUACCGGCAGUACCGGGCCUGCGCGGACCCCACGGGCUGCGGGUCCGGCUCCGACGCCCGGGCCUGGGACUACCAGGCCUGCACGGAGAUCAACCUGGAGUUCUCCAGCAACAACCGGACGGACCUCUUCCCCGAGAUGGCCUUCCCCGCGGCCGCGCGCCGCCGCUACUGCCUGGACACGUGGGGCGUGUGGCCGCGGCGGGCCUGGCUGCAGACCAGCUUCGGGGGCGGCGACCUCAAGGCCGCCAGCAACAUCAUCUUCUCCAACGGCGACCUGGACCCCUGGGCGCGCGGCGGGAUCCAGAGCAACCUGAGCGCCUCGGUGCUGGCCAUCACCAUCGCGGGAGGCGCGCACCACCUGGACCUCAGGGCGUCCCACCCCCAGGACCCGGUGUCCGUGGUGCAGGCGCGCAGGCUGGAGGCCGCCGUCAUCCACGAGUGGGUGCAGGCAGCGCGGCGGGACCGGUGAGGGCGCCGGCCAGCAGGGACUGGGGCCUAUGUUCAGG